UGCUAAGCCCUUUUCAUGUCCCCUCUCUUUUCUCUUUCAACAGAAAACUCGCAGGCACCUCUCUAUCAGCUGCUGGCUGCUGCGAUCCGUCUUAACUCGGUUCCGCUGAAGUAAAGAAAUAGAAAAAUGGGUAUCAUUGAAAAGAUUAAAGAAAUCGAAGCCGAGAUGGCUCGCACCCAGAAAAAUAAAGCCACAGAGUAUCAUCUGGGUCAGCUCAAGGCAAAGAUUGCAAAACUAAGAACACAAUUGUUGGAGCCUCCAAAAGGUUCUAGUGGAGCUGGAGAAGGCUUUGAAGUUACAAAAUAUGGCCAUGGACGUGUUGCACUGAUAGGUUUUCCCAGUGUGGGGAAGUCUACCCUCUUAACUAUGUUAACAGGCACCCAUUCAGAAGCUGCAUCUUAUGAAUUUACAACACUUACCUGCAUUCCUGGUAUCAUACACUAUAAUGAUACUAAAAUUCAGCUGCUUGAUCUUCCUGGAAUUAUUGAAGGUGCUUCUGAAGGCAAGGGACGUGGAAGGCAGGUUAUUGCAGUCUCCAAGUCUUCAGACAUUGUGUUGAUGGUUCUCGAUGCUUCAAAAAGUGAGGGUCACCGACAAAUAUUAACAAAAGAACUGGAAGCUGUGGGAUUGCGUUUAAACAAGAGACCACCUCAAAUUUAUUUCAAAAAGAAAAAAACUGGUGGCAUUUCAUUCAACAGCACCGCACCUUUAACUCAUGUGGAUGAGAAGCUUUGUUACCAAAUUCUACAUGAAUACAAAAUUCACAAUGCAGAGGUGCUAUUUCGAGAGGAUGCCACAGUGGAUGAUCUUAUAGAUGUCAUUGAAGGAAAUCGUAAAUACAUGAAGUGUAUAUAUGUCUACAAUAAGAUAGAUGUUAUUGGUAUUGAUGAUGUGGAUAAGUUAGCCCGGCAGCCAAAUUCUGUUGUCAUUAGCUGCAAUCUAAAGCUUAACUUAGACAGACUGCUCGCAAGGAUGUGGGAUGCAAUGGGACUUGUGAGAGUUUAUACAAAACCACAAGGCCAGCAACCUGAUUUCAGCGAGCCUGUAGUUCUCUCUGUUGAUAGAGGUGGCUGCACAGUGGAAGACUUCUGUAAUCACAUCCACAGGAGUUUGGUGAAGGAUGUGAAAUAUGUGCUAGUGUGGGGUAUAAGUGCAAGGCAUUACCCACAGCAUUGUGGCCUCGGUCAUGUUCUUCAAGAUGAGGAUGUAGUUCAGAUUGUUAAGAAAAAGGAAAGGGAAGAUGGAGGGAGAGGUCGAUUCAAGUCGCAUUCAAAUGCUCCUGCUCGAAUAUCUGACCGAGAGAAGAAAGCUCCCUUGAAGACUUGAAUACAUCAAUGGAUACUGCCCUGCUCACCUUUGAUUAUCAAAUGAGGUUGGCAUUGAAGAACAAUUUGCGGCUGCAAGUAUGGUGCGCCCAAAUUACUGUAUGGCUAGGCCAUAUCGAGUCUGCUAUCCAGAAUACACAUAUAUUUUGGCCCUGGAUUGUAUCUUAAAUUAAAUUUUCUAAAUGAGGCUCUGAUUAAUAUUUAAUACUCUGUUAUAAUGUAUUAUUAAUCUUGGUUACUUGGUUGAAUAGAUAAUGUUACAAAUUUUAUUAAUGUUUGAUGGAUAC